AUGCCGCCCAAGAAGAGGACCUCCGCAACCGACGCAGACCCAUCCAGGAGACUGGACGAGCAACCUUCUGCCGCCAAGAGACAGCGCGUCUCGCUGGCCUGUGAUGGAUGCAGAGCCGCCCGCGAAAAGUGCGACGGCACCCGCCCGCGGUGCCGAGCCUGUCUCUCGCAGAACCGACCAUGCUCGUACACGCCUGCCUCCAAGAAGAGGGGCGUGCAAACGGGCUACUUGAGAGCCGUCGAGCUGUCCCUCGCGUGGCUGCUAGAACAGGUUCCCGGCACCGAAGAGACCCUCAACCAGCUCCUCAGCCAGAAUAACAACGGGCCAGGCGGCGCAACCAUCAUCAUCAACAAGGAUCACAUAAGCAAUCGCUUGCACAAACGCUGGACCAAGAGUCGAGUGCACAAAGAAAUUGGGCGCCUCUUGUCCGAUGGCUCGGCACGGGCCGCGGAACCAUCGCCUGAAGAGACCGGCUCGGAUACCGAGCAGGACUCGCCCUCCUGGCUCAAGCCCGCCGAAUCUGCCCCUACCUCGGCCAUGUACAGCACAGGUCUACGGGAGCGCAUGCCGCAUUUGACGAGCACUGGUGAUGUUGAAGAAGCCAGACAUCGGCCCCAGUUGCCGUAUAACUGGCAACGCCUCAUCGAGAUAUACAUAGCUUACACGCAUUGUUGGCUGCCAAUAUCGAGCAAGAAUGACUUGUUCGCAGCAGCCGCAGAAUAUGACGCCUACGCAGUCCCCCACAGCUCGCAUGAGGGCGAGUCGACUGUCUCGCGAUAUGCCGAGCUCUGGGCGGCCUUGAGCGUUGCUUCCUUCCAAGACGCGCAGUCGCGCAGCGCGUCCACCAACCCGGAUCGAACGCCGACUCGCAUCUUAGCCAUCGCCCGCAGCUUUCUGCCGCCCGAAGAUGGACCGUUUGACACGUCCGUCAUCCGCGCAACUCUCCUCCACGCCCUGAUACUCAUCGGUCGCGGAAGUCCCUUUGCGGCCUCGCUGCUGGUUGGGAGAGCUGCAAGAAUACUCAACCAUCUGCAAUCGACCGACUCCGCUAUCUUGGCGACAUCACACUCCGAGUCGCUGUUGGACGCCUGCGUCGUCUUCGACGCAGUCACCUCUGCUUGCUUGCGGCAGUCGCCACAGCUUGCUGAAUCAACCCAAGAUGUGCGCUCAUUCACCACUCUUUCCACCGAGACGAAGUCAUCCGAAAGUUGGACGCCCGUGUACGGAUUUGGCCAUGGUCCAUUUCGUAGCGAAGCGGCUCGGGCACCCAAGACGUACCCUGUGGCUACCUUGGGCCAGCUGCGCCAGCUCGCGCGCAUCCUUGCUGGUGCCGCAGACCCGCGCAUGGACCAGACGUCGAACACGACAGCAAACACGGACGACCUCGUGCAAUGUCUGCGGCCCCAGUUCAGCUUCUGCAACUCUCUGAUUUCAGGCGGAUCCACUCCGAUGCUGCCGUCUGCCUACCUGGUCAAGGUCAUGUUCCUGGCGACAACUGUGCGGCUCGUCCCCGCUCACCGCUCAUCGCUUCUAUCCAACGUUUUGGAAGUCGUCGAGGCCAGCCUCAGCAAUUUCGGGGCUUGCGGCACACCACCACUCAUUGGUGCUCUGUUGCACCUUGUGCAAACCAGCGGCACCAUGGACAUGCAUGAAUCGGAGAGAAAACGGUGGACUUCUACGUUAAGUAGGCUGAAUGCGGUUUGGGCGCAGGAGGCGGGCGACGGCUCUCGUGUGAGCCAUUCUCCGCCGGCAGCAGCAGUGCCAGGACCGGAAUUCCCGAACGACGCGGGCGACCUGCCAUCGUUUACCCAACGUCGUUGGAACUCUGAGCGGUUGGGUGCAGGGCAGGGAUUGCCAGCGGAGCCCAUCAUCUCCCCGGGUUAUAGAUUGCUCCCAACCGACGCAAAUGGGCCCAUCAACAUCCCUCCACCCGUCACGGAUUACUUCGCCUCACCUCCGUCUCGGUUCCGGUCUCUGGCAUCCGAGGGCCACGAGAGUGGUCCUUUGCGAGAGCGGUUGGCAGAUGCCCGGCAGCCCGGUGCAGUCUUUUCAGCCCUUGGUCCGCUCAGCCAGGGCAUUGACUACGAUGCCAUUCUGGAAGAGCUUGGUACCAUCGACUACACCGACGGCAUCGGCAUGGACCCCCAGUUCAUGGUCAACCUCGGCUUCGCGCCGGGCUGCGAUCUGGGCGAGAUGUUUCAGGGAGAUUUCGGCGGUUGA